AUGUCGAGACGCAUGCGGCUAGCGUCUCCCAUGUUCCGAUGCUACCGCGGAGAUCCAGAUCUAUUGACAAAUGGUCCCCGCCUAGCGGUUAGUGUGGCUGAUCGAGGGACCAACCAGCGAAGUCCGGAACACUAG